AUGAGUCAACCAGUUCCGGAAUGGGUCAACAACCUCUGCGACCCUGACUAUGCUAAAAAACUAAAGGGUCCGCUCACUAAGUCGGUACCUUCCCCUCCUGGAUGUCAAAAACAUGCUACAUCAACCGGGAAACAAAACCGGAAAGAUAGCCAACAGAAGCAAAAACCUGACGUGUCCAUUUUGGUUAUCCAAAAAGCGUGGGAAAUAGCGUUUCAGCCUGCGAGAUCUAUUCCAAUGAACAUGAUUGUGUCGUAUAUGUCGGGAUCCUCACUGCAGAUAAUAUCGAUUAUGACCGCCCUUAUGUUUGUUUCGAAUCCAAUUAAAAGUAUAGUAAACAUAAGGCGGACCUUUAAGCCUGUGCUGGGUAAUUCUGAGGCCCAAUCACAGGUGGUGCUGGCCAUGGUCAUGUUUGUAGUGUUCCAAAUCGUGUUGAUGGGCAUCGGUGUGCACAAGCUAAAUUCCAUGGGCCUGAUUCCCAAUAAAAGAAGUGACUGGCUGUUCUUGGAAGAAGCAGCUGUGUAUCGAGAAAAGACGUAUGCUUUUUGA